GUCAACAUCAGCCAGGUCAUCUUCUUGGACGAAUGGACCAUGGUCUUUCAUCUCGUCCUAACCGCAGGGAUAAUCAUCUCUUGUCUGUGGCUCGUUCGCACACUUGCGCCUGCAAAUGCAGCGCCACAGUGUCGGCCAGAGGGCAGUUCGCGCCAGACGCAUCGCGGCCAAAACCCGAUACCAUCCACGCAACGCGGAGCCCACCUCCACCAGGUAUACCCCACGAAGGGUGGCCCUGAGGAGGACGGACCCGACCCAGACGUCGACAUUAUCGCCAUCCAUGGCCUCGAUACGGACUCGGAAAAGACAUGGACGUGGGAAGACCGCAAGGAUCCCACGUCCAAAGUCAACUGGCUGAAACAUCCCAAAAUGCUCCCGAGCAAGGUCGAGCGCGUUCGGAUCUUCACGUGCUACUGGCCUGCUGACCUGCUGCAACCGUCAAAUCUAGUUCAGAAGACAGAAGAGGAACUUGCCUUGCUCCUAUUCGAGGAUAUUCAGAGAGAGCUUCAGGUUGAGAGGAACCACGCAAGAAGCAAGAACCGGUCCAUUCUCUUCAUUGCAUCCUGCCUUGGAGGCAUCAUCUUGAUGAAGGCACUUGUGGGCGCCAAGGCGGAUCACCCUGUCCGGAGAGCGACACGCGGUAUUAUCUUCCUUGCCACACCGUUUCGAGGGACCUCGUUCCAAGAUGUAGCCGCCUUUGCGGAGCCAGGUUUACAGGCCUGGGCUUCAUUCCAGGGUGGACAAGUGAGUAGCCUGCUCAGCAUUGUGAAGGGAUCGACUUUCAGUCUGGAAAACCUUGUGCGGCGCUUCGUUUCGUUGUGCCGAGACAGCGAUCCUCCCUACCAAGUUUUUAACUUUUACGAGAAGGGAAAAACAAGUCUUCCGAGUAAAACUUUUCCUUGGCUACCCGCCUGGUUUCGCAAAGAAAAACAACUGGUGGACGAGUCCUCUGCGACCUUGGAUAUAGUUCCAGACCCACUGCCGUUGAGUCGACCUCAUGCCCUCAUGAACAAGUUCUCCCACAGUCAGUGCACAGACCAGUGCAAGAUCCAAUGCGCUGAGCGCGAAGAUUUUGAGCUUGUUUCAGGGAGAAUCCAGGGUAUGCUUCAGAAGAUUCGCAAGGGCACUCCACUUGAGCAAGCAGACGCCUGGAUACGCACCGAACACUAUGCCGCAAAAAGACUCAGGAUCGAACGACUCUCGGGCGACAAACUUCCGCUCGAGAACUGCUAUAUCAAUCUCGCCAUUGUCGAGCAGUCCGCAAAGAAAGCUUCGCCCGCAGAGGAUGGGUCGGAAGAGGGUGCUGCACCACAUGUGUCCCCCUUUUCACUUUCCGCACGGCUAAAGGUUGAGACGCCGGACAAGAAUAUCCAGGUAGAAUUGUCGUCUCUUUUCGAUCCGCGGGAAGACUCCAACGGCCAGACGAUACAACCAAGAAGAAUCUUAAUCCGCGGACGUGCCGGAAUCGGGAAGACCACCCUGUGUAAGAAGAUGGUCGAUGAGUUUGUCCACUCUUACCAAGACUUUGACAGGUGGACAAAAUUAUUCGACCGUGUGCUUUGGGUGUCGUUACGGAGGCUGAAGGAAUGGUCAUCAACGAUAUACGAUCUCGAAGGCCUAUUUACCCGCGAAUAUUUCGCUCAACGGGACCAUGAUACACGCAAAAUCCUCGCCAAAGAGUUACGGCUUGUUGUCGAAAGGGGAAGAACUCUAUUUCUUCUCGAUGGUCUGGACGAAGUAGCCCAAGAAUUGGCUAUCGAAGACUCCAAGUCCACAUUCCUUGAGGCUCUUCUAAAUCAGCCAAACGUUAUCAUCACAUCCCGGCCUCACGUGUUACUUCCAGCAAAGGUCUCGUCUCCUGACCUUGAACUGGAAACUAUUGGAUUUUACCCGGAUCAAGUGAAGGCAUACCUUCAAGCUACAUUUACCGCCGAUCCGAAAAAGGUGGAAGCUGUUCAGUCAUACCUCCAAACGCAUCAAUUAAUCCAGGAUCUUGUGCGGAUUCCCAUUCAGCUGGAUGCGCUCUGUUACACCUGGGACCAUCUCAAAGGGAAAGCCGUGCCGCAGACUAUGACUGCCACUUACAAAGCCAUUGAGGAAAGCUUGUGGAAGAAGGAUAUCCUGCGAUUAGAGACGAAGAAUAGAGACCGUCUGCUGACGAAGGACGAUAUUAAACACGAUAAGAUGAACAAGAUCGAAAUCCUUGUCAAAAAUGAGGUGUCUCUUCUCGAAGGCCUUGCGUUUACCGGCCUGUACAACGACGUGAUAAACUUUGAGUUGGAACAUUGGGAAGCUGUUUCCAAGGAGUUUGAGCAAUCUAAUGAGUGGAUCCCUUGGAACACAAGACUUCCGCGCCUCUCUUUCCUGCGAACUUCAGAACUCUCGGAGGACGACCACAAGCGAGAUUAUCACUUCUUGCACCUCACUUUUCAGGAAUAUUUUGCAGCACGAUAUUUUGUACGACAGUGGAAAACUCAAAAACCUCUCACCUGCCUGCAACUUAGCGACGGAGAAUGCAACGAGAUCGAACCUGCCUCUUUUCUCCGAAAACACAAGUACGAUCCUCGCUACGAUAUCUGCUGGCGCUUUGUCGCUGGCUUACUCGAUGGUGACAAAAGGGCACUACGUUUUGUCCAAGCAAUUGAAAACCAGCCACGCGACCUCCUGGGCCCUACGCAUCAGCGUUUAGUUAUGCAUUGCCUGAGCGAAAUCGAGUGGAAGGAUACAGGUUUUAUGGUACUUCGAACGAAGCUGGAAAAUCAGCUGGGCCAGUGGCUGUUGUUCGAGUGCAACUCGACGCAAGAUUGCUGGUUAGCUAGCGAAAUGGAGUGUCCAGAGCAGGUCCUGGUCAAUGCACUAAAUGAAGCAUCUGAGGAUGCAAGACUGAUCCUUCUGGAACGUCUAAACAGGCGAGCAGCAGUUCCGUCGAGCGUUAUAGACGCUGUGGUCCCCUGGCUGAAAAACUGUGCCUCUAAGAAGCUGAGCAUUGCCAUAUUGGACAUCUUAAGACACCAGCAUAAAGCCUUGCCAGAUGAGUUACUGCAAGACAUCACAGCACGGCUCGACCAUGAAGAUGGGGACUUUCGACUGGCAGCAGCUGAGGCGCUUCAAGGCCGGGCCGACCUUAGAGUGGAGUUGCUGCAAAGCAUUGUAGCACGGCUCGAAGAUCAAUACCAGAACGUCCGACGGGCUGCAGUUGAAACGCUUCAAGGCCGGGCCGACCUUACAGAGGAGGUGCUGCAACGCAUUGCAGCACGGCUUGAGGAUAAAGACGAGCACGUUCGACUAGCAGCAAGUAAGAAGCUUCAAGACCAGGCCAACCUUACAAAGGAGGUACUGGAAAGUAUUGCAGCGCGGCUUGAGGAUGAGGAUAGGGACGUCCGACUAGCAGCAGCUAAGACGCUUCAAGGCCGGGCUGACCUUACAGAGGAGGCGCUGCUCAGCAUCACAGCGCGGUUCGAGCAUAAAGACAAGGGUGUUCAAUUGGCAGCAGCUGAGGCGCUUCAAGGCCGGGGCAACUUUACAAACAGGUUGCAGCAAGGUAUCGCAGCACGGCUCAAGCAUAAAGAUAGGGACGUCCAACUGGCAGCAGCUAAGGCGCUCCAAGGCCAGACCAACCUUGCAGAGGAGUUGCUGCAAAACAUUGCAGCACGGCUCGAGGAUGAAGACGAGCACGUCCGAAUAGCAGCAGUCAAGACGCUUCAAGGCCGGGCUAGUCUUACAGGGGAUGUGCUGCAACGCAUUGCAGCGCGGCUCAAGGAUGGAGAUAGCGACGUCCGAUUAGCAGCAGCUAAGACGCUUCAAGGCCGGGCUAACCUUACAGAAGAUGUACUGCAACGCAUUGCAGCGCGGCUCGAGGAUGAGUACGGGCACGUCCGACUAGCAGCAGUCAAGACGCUUCAAGGCCGGGCUAAUCUUACAGAGGAUGUGCUGCAACGCAUUGCAGCGCUGCUCAAGCAUAAAGACAGGGACGUCCGACUGGCAGCAACUCAGACGCUUCAAGGCCGGGCUAACCUUAUGGAGGAUGUGCUGAAACGCAUCGCAGCACGGCUCGAGGAUACAUACAAGGACGUCCGACAGGCAGCAGUUGAGGUGCUUGUAAAUCAAGCGGCGCUAUCGUCAGACGUCCUAGGCAUGUCUUUGAAACCCUUGUACCUAGCUUUGCGAGAGAAAAGCUUUAAGGAACACCUGUACUGGACCGCUUUAGAUAGAGAUUCCAUAGGAGUUGGUCUCAGACAUGUUUCUUUGAGUUGCAAGCAG